AUGUCGUGGAUCCAGCAACACGCAAAUUCCCACCAGUCACGGCUGGCUGCUACCGCCGUACUUUCGGGAGUUGCUGUUGCAGGCGCCAUACUUGGAUACCAGGCAAUCCGACGAGAAAAAGCCGUGCACAAGCUUAAGGCUUCCAUUCCGGAUAUAAACGAUAGUCACUAUGCGGAGAAGCUCACAGAAUAUGGCUCCGCGGCUGCAUCGCAAUUGAGCAAAGAAGACGAGCGCAGUGCGGCUCUUGCGCGCAGAGCACAGGAGGGAGAUUACGAUGACGACCUAAUCCUCGAACAACUCGCCCGGAACCGUGUAUUCCUCACCGAUGAAGGCCUUGCCCAGCUCCGAUCAUCUUUCAUAAUUGUCGUCGGAUGUGGCGGUGUCGGAUCGCAUGCGGCAGCCUCUCUCGCUCGCUCUGGCGUAUCCAAGAUCCGGCUUAUCGAUUUCGACCAAGUUACGCUCUCUUCGCUGAACAGACACGCCCUCGCGACGCUGGCAGACGUGGGUACGCCGAAGGUGCACUGCAUUCGCAAACGCCUGGAACAAAUCGCUCCAUGGGUCAAUUUCGAUUGUCGGAACGAGCUCUUUGGGGGUUCCGCGGCAGAUGAUCUCCUGAGCCCGUGGCAAGGGCAGAAACCGACUUACGUGCUUGAUUGCAUCGACAACAUCACCUCGAAAGUGGAACUCCUGCACUACUGCCAUACGAAUUCGAUUCCCGUGAUCUCCGCCAUGGGCGCCGGCUGCAAGUCUGACCCUACCCGUGUCGUGGUGGGCGACAUCUCUCUUAGCACCGAUGACCCUCUCUCGCGUAGCACCCGUCGACGACUGAAGGCUCUCAAAGUUAAUACUGGCAUCCCGGUGGUUUUCUCGACUGAGAAGCCGGGCCCCGGGAAGGCAAGUCUGCUUCCCCUUGCCGAGGAAGAAUUCAACAAGGGCGACGUGGGCGAGUUAUCCGUUCUCCCCGACUUCCGGACUCGAAUUCUCCCCGUCCUCGGCACCAUGCCCGCAGUAUUCGGAUAUACGAUUGCGAACCACGUCAUCUGCGACAUCUCCGGCUAUCCCAACGACUACAACGCCGGCGGCAAAGGACGGGAUAAAAUGUACGACGGCAUUCUCGCAGGAAUGCAGGGCUUGCAUGAGAAGCUCGCCCGGACAGAAGCCGGUCAGGACUUCGUUGGUCUUCGUCUACCAAUCUCCAAAGAUGACGUAGGAUUCCUCGUGGAUGACAUCUGGCGCGGGAAAAGCAUCGUCAGCGGUCUGCCUAACCGUCUGCAGCUGAUACUGUGGGAGAAACCGGCUCGUGGGUUCGGCCCCGACCCUGCAUGGGAAAAGGAAGGACAAAAGUUCAUUCCUAUUGCGCUGAAGGACCUCGUUUGCUUGACUAAGGAAGAGGCCAUCCGGCAUGAACGCGAGGUUCUUCGCGAGGGGAAGAGACCAGAGGACAUUUACGAUGAGAAGACGGUGCAGAAGGCGAAGGAGAGGAUGAAGGAGGCGGAAUUUUACGAGAACUACCGGUAA